UGCAUUGUAACCUGCAUUCAUAAAAGCCCUAUCACCACCAAGAAGCAAAGGAGCCUCUACUGCUAGCUGCCUUUCAGUUUAUUUUCCUCCUGGAAAAGUAGCCGGCAAAGCAGUCCAAGUGAACGAAAAUGGCCAGAAGUGAUAGGCAGAAAAGAGAGUUGAAGAGCGAAUAUGUGUUUUUGGACUCCGAAACGUCUAUGGAUCGGCAAGAUUUUGAUAUGUCUAGAUGCUCUAUCAAUGACGUAUUCAACUCCAGAGACUGCGCUUCUUCUCCAUUGAGCCAGAUUGAUACUUUUCUGAAAAACGUUCAAGUUUUGCUGGAAGCAGCAAGUUUUAUCGAGAACGCCGAGAGGAAGGAUGGAAAGUGUGAACACGGAUAUGCAUCGACGUUUCCGUCGUCAAUUCAGAACACGAACUACCAGAGGCAAAAUAAAUUUCGAAACAAGAAGUUCCACAAUAACCAUAACAGGUCUACACAUAAUGAGUUGGAGAAGAACAGGAGAGCCCACCUGCGUCUGUGUUUGGAGAGGUUGAAGGCCCUCAUCCCUCUGGGAAAAGACUGUAACCGCCACACUACCCUGGGGCUGCUCAACAAAGCCAAAUCACAUAUUAAGAAACUUGAAGAGGCGGACCGUAAGAGCCGUAACCAGCUGGACAGUCUGGAGAGGGAGCAGAGGCACCUCCAGCGCCAGUUGGACCUGCUGCAGGGCACCGGGGCCGGGGUAGGAGGCACUGGGCCGGGGGAGGGAGAGAGGAUACGCAUGGACAGCGUGGGCUCCACCCUCUGCUCCUCCGAGCACUCGGACUCGGACCAAGAGGAGAUUGAGGUGGACGUGGAGUCUACAGAGUUCUCGGAGCACGGGGAACUGGACUCGGUGUCUACGGCCUCCACCAGCGAUCUAGACGACCACAGCAGCCUUCAGAGUCUAGCCAGCGACGAGGGCUACUCCAGCUGCAGCAUCCUCAAACUCUCCUCAGCCUUCUCCGGAUCCUCCUCAUAGGAGAUGUUGGGUGUAGACUCCUCCCCCCGGCUCCAAUCUGCAACCUCGGGGGGCUAAAUCAACAUCCAAAGACCAACCACCUGAACCUGGCCAGCGACGCAGGUUACGAGGGCAAACGUUAAUCCAGCGUCCUCGUCAAACUCAGCGCCUUCUCUGACCGGCCAAUUAGAGUUGUCUCCAGCCCCAGCUCCAACCUGCAAAAACCUUGGCCUCCCCCCUCCAUCCACCACCCCUGUUGUGUGUCGUCAUAUCACCCAUCUACAUGUAUCAUCGCCGAUUACACCAUCGCCAUGGCAUCCCUCAAGUGGCACCCUGACAUCCUUCUAACUUCCUGUCUGUAACCCCUCGCCAUCGCACCAUCCGUCGCUCUGCUCCAACUCGCUGCUGAACCUCAACCCCCAGUCCGAGAACAACCCCCCUCCGUCCCAAGCAGAAGGUCCAACCCCCCCCCCCCGUAUCGUCCCGAUAACGGGUACAUGAAGAACAGAGAUUGAUCCAAACACAGAACCAACCUUUAUUUUGAGAAUCUGAAUAAGAGCAAUGGUUUGAGAUUAGAUUUUGACUUGGGUGGCUUUAUGAAUGGUUGAAACUGAAGAUAAAAAAUGAUGUAUUUUUAUAUGCUGGGAUCAGCAUUAUCUUGGUUUUAUUGCAGACAUAAUCAAAGGGAAUUAGACCCCCUUUUUUUAAAUCAAACAAUUGAUUAAGUUAUUUUAGAAUCAAACAAAAAAAACAACCCCAUAUUUUAGCAUCAGAAAUGCACUUACAUUUCUAAUAUAUAUUAGAAUAUUUUCUGAUGAGUUUUCUGAGUUUUAAAACCUUGUUUGGUUCUGUGUGUUUGAGUGUUUGCUCUGGUCUCGUGUCUGAAGUCAAUGUUCUGCUGGACUUAAAAACCAAUUUGGGAACAAGUGGUAAUUUGGACACAGACUCUGUGGAAUGUCAAGAAGUCUAGUUGCCAUAUCAACACAUUUUGGCCCUUGAACGACGUUCCUUUUUAUUUUACAUUUCUUGUCUUUGUGGGUUUUUUUUACCACUGUGCAACCACAGCACUGCAUCCAACAGACACUUGAAAUGGUGCUACCUGAAACAGCAACAACAAACCCAUCAACAACGCAGCUCAAACGCUUGUACAACCAACGAUCCUUGUCUGCCGUGUCAUACAGGACGUUUCCAUCCAAACGAAUGGAGGAGAAACAGAAACAUGCAUCAUAUGCAUUCCCAUGGAACGUGGGCGGUGCUCGGUGUGGAAAUCAAUCUUCAAAUGUGUUUUUACAACAACGCAGCUACCACAACAAGCUAUCCUGCACCUGCCUACCUUAUAGCUGUCUAUAGAAACAAAUCGGCACAAUUUAAAAAGAAGGAAUAGCAAGGAACUUUGGACUAUAGAGACAACAUCCAUCCUUUCUCUCUAUCCAGCAGUAACAAGCAAUAACCAUUUCUAGUAUUUGAAAAAUAUAUGAUUUUUUUUAAAUUUCGACCAUUUGACCUCCUGUUUUUUCCCCCUCUCUUUUCCAAGGCAACAGACCUGUGGCCGUCCAAAAAAAGCUCAUUCAACUUGCUUUGUUUUUUUUGUACAUAAUUAAAUUAGCUUAAUAAAUUAACGAUGAAAAAAAGGAGUGUUAAAAAAAAGUUAGAAAACUUGUGUAUAGAAAAAACCUAUUGCCUCUGUUGCUGUUUUUGACCUUGUGUUUUUGUGCAUUUUAAAUUAUAUUUUUGAAAAGAUUUAUUCUACUUCUCUCAGAGUGUGACUGGCAAGCGGUCAGUCAGUCGUCCAUGUGGCAUGAAUUGGACAGUAAUUGCUUUGUUCAUUUUGCUGGUUGAAACGUUCAAAGGUUACCAUUCUGUAGCUGUCCCCCAUCAACCCCAAGAGAAGAUCCACUUCAUAGUACUUAACUUAAAGUUCAAGACACAACAACAAGAGAACAACAACUAUAUGGCUGUUAUACAAAAUGGCUGCCACCCCAGGACAUCUUCUGUUCAUAAAUACAGAGUUUGUGUGGCACUCUUAUUUAUUCAAACUUGUUUGUUUCUUACUUUUCUUUUGAAAACUCCUAUAUGGCAUUCCACUGGUGGUAUCUCGUGAGCUGUGGUGGAACUCGAGUCUGAAGUGACAGCACCAAGGUGUAUGAUGAUGUCAUUGACUGUGUGUGUACAUCCUUAGCCCUUGUUACUGAAGCGAGCCCAACUUGCACUUUGAAAAGUCUGGUUUUCCACCGGUAUUCACAUAUCUCUUCAUAUGAAAGAACAAUCCCACCCUGACCCUUGAGUUUUUGAAGUUUAUAUAUUUAUUAGCCUAUUUCUCCAUCCCUCACAGAACCAACACAGAAUGAAAAAAGUUAACUUAUUUGGUUUCUGUCUUAUCUUAUUAUUCUCCCUAUUUUUUUAUGAUUUUAUCCCUUAUUUUAAGAUUUAAUGUUUAAAAGUGGAACAAUUGUUGUUUCCCAAAUGGCACCCUAUUCCCUACGUAGUGCACUACGUUUGACCAGACUCUGUCAAAAGUAGAGCACAAAGUAGGGAAAAGGGUGCCAUUUGGGAAACAGACCAUGGUGAAUCGUAGUGAAGUCAGUCAGGAUACCAGGCUAAUGUUGUUUUGUUAGACGGACACUUGAAAUGUAAUCAGCCCCCAAGCUGCUCCCAGUACUGAGCCUUGCCUCUCAUGCAUCCAUGGUCGAGUUCCAAACUGACCCCAAGCUGCUCCCAGUACUGAGCCUUGCCUCUCAUGCAUCCACGGUCGAGUUCCAAACUGACCCCAAGCUGCUCCCAGUACUGAGCCUUGCCUCUCAUGCAUCCACGGUCGAGUUCCAAACUGACCCCAAGCUGCUCCCAGUACUGAGCCUUGCCUCUCAUGCAUCCACGGUCGAGUUCCAAACUGACCCCAAGCUGCUCCCAGUACUGAGCCUUGCCUCUCAUGCAUCCACGGUCGAGUUCCAAACUGACCCUAAGCUGUAUGGUCAUUUCUUCUGCUUCUCUGAUAGGCUGGGUGCAUUUUUUGUCCUAACAGUUUACACCUAUCCAAUAAUCCUAGAAUUUGCUAGGAGGGGAUGGGGGUGUAGGGUCAAGGGGUUGAUUUUGGACUCAGCCUACAAUAGCCGAGUCUAAUGGGCAAAUACUGAGCCAGCUACUAUACAAAAUGGGGGCUAACUAACUAACUCCACACUCUAGUAGGAAGACAAGUAGUAGUCUUUACUAGAUUUGGUUUUAGUCAACAAAAUGUGUCUUACAUUUACAAAAAGCCUCAGAUUAAUAUUAUUGAGAUCAAAAACCUAUGGUUUCAACGAAUGACAUCAUUCAAGGUGUAAAGUUAGAGUGUAAUCUUGAGGGAUUUCAUGAUCUCCUCAAAUUUGGAUGGUUCACUGACGAUGGUGCUUUCUCAAUAGAAACAAAUAAGCCAAACGACCUCAGAACACCAACAGUGUCCUCUUCUCUUUCACAGGGGGCAGAUUACUUCACUCUCCUUCAUUUACACUUUUAUCUUCUAGCGCGUUUUGUUUGUCGUUUUUUGAACCUGCACUAUGAGAAAAAGGGCCCAUAUUUAAUGAAAAACUGUGUUUUUCCCCAAUACCCUCUCUCUUUUGUGUGUGUUGCCUGGUGUCCUUCGUACGGCCUUGUAAGUGAUACCUGCUUUUGGCUGUGUAUGGCUAGCAGUAUGUUGUUAUAUCCAGAUUUGGGGUCUAUUCUAACUCAGUUCCAAUCUGUUGAGUUCAAGAUGGGAAUUUCUUACCUGGUAUCCAAACUGAAUUCACAUUCCAUUUUGCGGAUGGAAUUUAGAUGGAAUUGACCUCCACCCUGAAUAAUGUCACUCCAGUGUACUAGGUAUUGGUCUUAUAGACAAUGACUCGAAAGGGGGGAACGAAUUGCCUGGGACCCAGAUCUGUUUGUGCUGUCUUUCCAACUCCUGUGGUCAUUCUGGUCAAGACAGCACAAACCGAUCUGGGAACCAGGUUAAGGCAGAAUGAAUGGGUAAAAGUAGAUACAACUAUUCCCACCUCCAAACAGGACAGACCUAGCCUGGGUUAAACUAGGCUGAAUGCUGUGAUACGAGUUAGCGUAGCAUUCAGUCUGGUUUAACCAGGCUAUAGGAGAGACUAUAGUCCCCUUGUUGUUCAGAUGAACUCUGUGGCCAUCAAUCCUUUGUAGAACAUGCUCUCUGAUGAUGAUGAUUCUCGCUGUGUAAGUUUGAAAAUGCAAUACUUACAAUAAAACACCAAGAUUUUCAAACCGGAA